CCCCACGAGGGCUUUCCUCUCCCCACCCAGAGAAUCUCAGCAUUUAAGUAGCAUAUAAAAAGGACCUCAUUUGGGGACCAAAUAAGAGAGCUGAGAUCCGGCUGCAGCCUUUCCUUGAAGCCAAGAUGAUGAGCUGCCUUUGGAAAGUCUUGGUCAUCCUUGGCUUUUCUGCGGCCGCCGUUGCUCUGGCCCCUCAGCGAGUGGUGCUGAGCUACGAGGAAGCCGUUUCCUUAACCGCUGAACUCUACAGCCAAAAGGCAGGUGUAGCUUUUGCCUUCCGACUCCUGGAAGCCAAGCCACAGCCAGACUGGGACCCUCGGAGUGAAGACCCUCAGAAACUGGAAUUCACCGUGAAAGAGACGACGUGCUCAGCUGCUGAACUGCUGACUGUGGCCGACUGCGACUUCAAGGAAGAUGGGGUGGUGAAGGAGUGUUCCGGAACAUUCUCCAACCAGCAGCAGGCUCCUGUCCAGCUCAGUUGUGACCCCGUGGGUCAGAAGGAGCGGAUUCGUGCCAGGAGGGGUGCGGUUCGUGAUUUCAUAAUGAAAUUCAUGAAUAAGUUCAGGAAGCAUCGGCCUGGAAGUUUGUCUUUGUUUUCGGACACGCAGGAGGUUGGUGUGGACGUGCUGGGUGAGAAGUUGGGGACGGUACCACCCAAGGGAGGAGAAGAAGAAGAAGAGUUUGUAUUUUAAAUCCCGCUUUAUCACUACCCGAAGGAGUCUCAAAGCAGCUAACAUUCUCCUUUCCCUUCCUCCCCCACAACAAACACUCUGUGAGGUGAGUGGGGCUGAGAAACUUCAGAGAAGUGUGACUAGCCCAAGGUCACCCAGCAGCUGCAUGUGGAGGAGCGGGGAUGUGAACCCGGUUCCCCAGAUUACGAGUCCACCGCUCUUAACCACUACACCACACAGCCAUCAUUGUUGCGGGUGUUUUAACAGAGCCUGACAAAGACUUUCCCGCUUUAGUACUGACACAAGGCAGGAUCAGGCCACUUGCCUGCAAAGCUGUUUCUUCUGCUGAAUGCUGCCUUCAAUUUCCCGCCUGCUUGUAAUAUGUUCAGAAUAAAUGAUUGCGCUAUUGAAUCCUGCUGUUCCUCCUCGCUUCUCAUUUUCACCAGAUCAGGUCUGUCUUUUGCAAAAAAUAUAUAUCAUAGAAUCAUAGU